CCCCUCCCCUCCUCCCCUCCCCUCCUUUCCCUUCUCCUGUCGGCUCCAGAAGCAGCGGCGGCGGCAGUGGAGGAGCCGCAGGAUUAUUAGAGAGGCUGCCUCGAGGCUGGCUCUUUUUUUUGUUUCCCGGGGAAGAGGAGACCAAAUCAUUGACACCCACAAAACAAAGGAAGGAAAAGGCCAAGGGAAAGGAGAAGAAGCGCCCGGCUGGACAGCAGAUUAAAGGUUCUGUGUGGACGGCUACGAGUUGUGUUCGUUUGAGGUUGGACAAGAACUUCUAAGUUUUGGAAGCUGAAGAUGUUGUUACUAUGGAAACAAAUGUUCCUGCUUUCCUUUAUUGGCUGCUUUGGAGAUCCUGAAAACUUGAAGACAAAAAUGAGAAGCACUGUAUCAGUCCGUGAAGGGCAAGGAGUUGUUCUGCUGUGUGGGCCACCAACACAUUCUGGAGAACUUUCUUAUGCCUGGAUCUUCAAUGAAUACCCUUCUUUUGUACAAGAAGAUAGCCGACGAUUUGUUUCUCAGGAAACCGGCCACCUCUACAUAGCCAAAGUUGAGUCAUCUGAUGUAGGCAAUUACACAUGUGUUGUGACAAGUACAAUAACAAACUCCCACAGUCUUGGCUCGCCAACACCCUUAGUACUGCGUACUGAUGGUGUAAUGGGAGAAUAUGAACCCAAAAUAGAAGUGCAAUUUCCUGAAACACUGCCUGCUGCCAAAGGUUCAACUGUAAAAUUGGAAUGCUUUGCUCUUGGAAACCCAGUGCCUCGGAUAAACUGGAGAAGAACAGAUGGAAACCCCUUUCCAAGCAAAGUAAUGUUAAGGAAGUCCAAUGGGAUGAUUGAAAUUCCCAAUUUCCAACAAGAAGAUGCUGGCCUCUAUGAGUGCAUUACUGAAAACUCAAGAGGAAAAAAUAUUGCAAGGGGACGCCUCACAUAUUAUGCAAAACCUCACUGGGUUCAAUUGAUAAAGGAUUUUGAAGCCGCAGUAGAAGACAACCUAUACUGGGAAUGCAGGGCAAGUGGCAAACCGAAGCCAUCCUACAGGUGGCUGAAAAAUGGAGAGCCUCUAACAAUAGAGGGAAGAAUACAAAUUGAAAACGGGGCUUUGAUCAUAACAAAUCUAAACUUGACAGAUUCUGGCAUAUACCAGUGUGUAGCAGAAAACAAACAUGGCACUAUAUAUUCCAGUGCUGAUCUCAGAGUUGUAGCAUCUGCUCCUGACUUCUCUAAAAAUCCAAUGAAGAAACUGCUUCAGCUUUUAAUGGGCAGCACAGCUCAUUUUGAGUGCAAGCCAAAAGCUUCUCCUAGAGCGAUGAUUACUUGGAAAAAGGGAGGUGAGCUGCUUCAAGAAAAUGAAAGAAUAUCAUUGCUGAAAGAUGGAGGACUGCGAAUAGCUAAUGUGAGCAAAUCAGAUGCUGGAAGUUAUACUUGCCUGGCUGAGAACCAGUUUGGAAAAGCUAGUAGCUCAACCAGCUUAUUAGUUACAGAGCCAACCCGAAUAACUCUAGCACCUUCAAACAUGGAUGUUACCGUAGGGGAAAGUGUAAUCUUGCCCUGUCAAGUCCAGCAUGAUCCCCUGCUGGACGUAAGUUUCACAUGGUAUUUUAAUAGUGCGUUGACUGACUUCAGAAAGGAUGCAUCCCAUUUUGAAAGAGUAGGUGGGAGUGCAUCAGGAGACUUAAUGAUUAGGAAUAUCCAGCUAAAACAUAGUGGAAAAUAUGUGUGCAUGGUGAAGACAGAGGUGGAUAGCGUGUCAUCUGCAGCUGAGCUGAUAGUGCGAGGCUCACCUGGACCACCUGAAAAUGUAAAAGUGGAUGAAAUAACAGCUACCACAGCUUGGCUUUCUUGGUAUGAGGGCUUGGAUAAUCACAGCCCAGUCACUAGUUACACUGUACAAGCCAGGACACCAUUUUCGGUGGGUUGGCAAAGAGUCACAACAGUCCCUGAAGUCAUUGAUGGGAAAACAUUCACAGCUACAGCCGUGGACUUAAACCCUUGGGUUGAAUAUGAAUUUCGUAUAGUUGCCAGUAACAAAAUUGGAGGUGGAGAACCUAGUUUACCCUCAGAAAAAGUAAGAACUAAAGAGGCAGUUCCUGAAGUACCGCCAUCUGAAGUAAGUGGAGGAGGUGGCAGCAGAUCUGAACUGGUCAUCACAUGGGAUCCUGUUCCUGAAGAAUUACAAAAUGGUGAAGGAUUUGGUUAUGUUGUUGCUUUCCGACCUCUUGGUGUUUCAAUCUGGAUACAGACAGUUGUGACAUCACCGGACACUCCCAGAUAUGUCUUUCGAAAUGAAAGCAUCUUGCCAUUUUCUCCAUAUGAAGUCAAGGUUGGCGUGUACAAUAACAAAGGAGAAGGACCCUUUAGUCCCGUGGCCACAGUGUAUUCUGCUGAAGAGGAGCCCACUGUAGCACCUUCUGGCAUAGCUGCAAGCAGUCUCUCAUCUUCUGUAAUUGAAGUAUCCUGGAUUUCCAUUCCUUGGAAAAUGAGUAGCGGGAGGUUGCUCGGCUACGAGGUAAGAUAUUGGAACAAUGGUGGAAAAGAACAGUCUUCUAACAGAGUAAAAGCAAUUGGAAAUGAGACAUCAGUAAAAAUAACAGGUUUGAGGAGCAACCUGGUAUACUUCACAGCUGUCCGUGCAUACAACAGUGCUGGAGCAGGACCAUUCAGUGCCACUGUGAAUGCUACCACCAAAAAAACACCACCCAGCCAGCCUCCAGGAAACAUUGUGUGGAACGUUACAGACUCCAGGGUAGUGCUGAAUUGGGAGCAGGUGCAUGCAAUGGAAAAUGAAUCAGAAGUAAUUGGCUAUAAGGUUCUAUAUCGGACUAGCAACCAGAACCAGCUCAGUGUUCUGAUCACAAAUAGAACAUCUGCAGAACUUCUGCUGCCUUUAAAUGAUGACUAUAUUAUAGAAGUGAAGGCAGCAACUGAUGGCGGAGAUGGCAUUAGCAGUGAACAGAUUAAAAUCCCUAAACUAGCAAGUAUGGAUGCACGAGGAUCUGGUGCAGCCAUCUUACAUUGUCGGUCCAGUUUUAUGUCAAUAACAGUUUUCUUAAUUUUUGAAGCAGUCUUGUGGUGAUCCAUUCUCUCACAUAUAGGCCAAACCCUGGAGAAUCAUUUACCGAAAAAGUGCUUUUAGAACAAUAAGAACAGCAGCAGAUGGUGGUUAUGCAUGGAUCUACUGCCACUCUGAAUUUAAACUUGUCCUAUGACUUUGGAUAUUUCUUUCAAAACAAAACAAAAACAAAGCAUACACACAUUAACCGGUUCCUUCUGAAGGAAUAUAAAAUGCCUUAAAAUGUAAUGAACCAAAGGAGUUUUCACAUUACAUGCUUCAGAAAUGACAAAACUAAGUCAAUGAGCAUUGGGAAAAGUUUUGAGAGUUCCAUUUUCCAAGCAACAUGAAAUUAUUUUAACAUAGAUUGCAGCACAGCUGCCCUAAUAGACUCACAUAUGGAAGACAAAAACAGAUCUAUAUUUCACCAUUAUUUGAUGGGAAACUUUUAAUUCUUUUUUCAAAAGCCUCAUAGCACUGAAUUACAUUUGGACAAAAUUUUGCACUGAUAUUCUGUUUAAUAAACUCAUCUGUCACACAUACAUAUGUGUAUAUGCACACACAUACAAAAGGACCUUGUUCACUUUAAAGCCUAUUGAACCCAUCUAUCCAUCAAUAUAUUUGUAUGCACUAUGUGACUCCUCAGUUGCUUAUGCUUACUUUAAAAAAAUCAGUUUCUACAUUCAAGUUUUUUUCCAUGUAUUUCUUAAUUCUUCAUUAAUUGAGAAAGGUGGCAUCGAUAUGACACAGAUGGGUUCCACUAUUAUGUCUUAAGAUGCAAAGGAACUGUCUAUAUGAAAUCAUUUAGAUAUCAAGGCAUUCAAAACAUUGUUCUUCUUGCAUUUGUAGCACCGAGUGGAUACAUUAUCUUCUUGUUGGCCAUUCUUCUCCCAUGGUGCUCCCAUGGGGAAGCUGUUUUUCAGCAGCAUCACAAGGCAUUUAUCCCUGAUCUGCUUUGUUUUCUUGUUUUUGUUCAGCUAUGCAGCACCCUAACCCUGGCAAAAAUAUUCUUUAGGCUUUUGAAUUUAUGGUUGUUGUUUUUAAAAUUAUACUAAACACCUCCAUAAACUACCCUUACUCAUCUCAUUUUCAUCUGUUUUCCCAAGCCUGCCUUGCAACCUUCAGCAGUAACUUCAGUUCCCUAUAUUUUAAUACUGUUCACUAUACAUCAUAUUUAUCAUUAUAUAUUUUUUAAGCCUAGAGUAGAACAUCAUACUUUUAGGCCUCAUAUCCAGGGAAUAUUACCACCUUAAAUGUUAUGUUGUGUAUGUGCAUAGACAGUCUUGAAUUUAUUGCCCUUCAAUGUGCCACUUCAGUAUUUUCUGUCUCUUUCAUUGCAUCCCUUUUGCAUAUUGCUCUUGCUGCAGUUUCUCCACCCCACUGUUUAGAAUUAUUCUAGGCGAUAGCAAAUUCCUUGCCGUUGCCUAUUUAUAAGCAAAGAUUUUUCUUGGUGUCAUUAACCAAAGUCUAUACUCUCAGAGUAAAGGGUCCAUAAAAAUCUAUACCUGGCACAUUUGAUUUGCUAUAGUUUUAGUUCUCGUGCAAGUAAUUUGCAUCCCAAAAUAUUAAUGGCACACACUCUUCUUCACAGUUUUUCCCUAGACAGGUGUCAUCACAAGAAUGAGACCUGUAAAAUACAAACAUUUCCCUAUAUUUUAUUAUAUGCUCAGCUCAAAUGAUCAGAGUUCAAUAACUAGGAAACACACUUCUUUUCUAAUUUUCCUGAAGUGUGUGUGUGUGUGUGGGGGGGGGGGGGGAUGUACAUAAUGUAUAUAGUAAAAUAAUAUAAAUAGCUUAUUGCUCUUCAACAUGGCAAACUAUUGAUGCUUCCAAACACUUAUCAAUAGGUGGAAACAAACUCCUUCGUGUAUUUUGCAUCCAUGCAUUGAAUGGGCUAUUUGCCAUUCUUGUUACAUCAAAGUGUUCCCUAACCUCCUGCCUUUCAGAUGUUUGGGAAUUGAAGUCCUAUCAGUCCCAUCCAGCAUGCCCAACCAUCAGGAAGCCUCAAAAGUUGCAGUCUGAAAGAUCCAAAAGGCACAAGGUUGGGGAGGGCUUUUUACUGCCAUUUUCACGCUCACCUUACAGAAUUUAAAUUUGAACUCUAAUAUCUCCAUGAGAUGUGUACAGAGUAUUUUGUUUCAUAUUGAAAAGUUUUAUCAAUUUUUCCUCCAACUUCUAGCUGUGUGUGUAUAUCCUAUGGUUAACUGUACGUAAUCUUUUUUUAUUCUAAUAAAACAUUUAUAACAUUGAAAA